AUGGAUCUGGUGCCUCUGCCUAAGUCUAACGGGCGCCUCUGGAAGAACAAGGCGGAUUUCUUCCGACCAUUCCGGUCUGCUGCGGCUGCUGCUGCGGGCGAGAAUAUCGAACCGCUCUAUGAGCCUGGACUUGCCCAUGGGCCGGAGGACCGGAAUGUGAAAGAAUUGAAUGAGGCUUUGAGGGUUUUGGUGGAGCUGUUUCCGGAUGUGGAAGUGGAAGUGCUCCGGGAGAUGGUGGUGAAUGUUAGUAAGGAGAGUCGGGUGGAGUUGGUUGCCGAGGCGAUGUUGAAGAAGAGGCGGAAGGGGACUGGCAGGGUGAGGUUGGAGGCAGAAGGAGGAGGGAAGAAGGGAGAGAAUGCGGAUGGUCUGGAAAAGGAAGAUCUCUUCCGAAGCGAAAGCUAUAAAAAAGCCGUCAAGCAGGUCUUCUGCCAGGAAUUCCGGAACUUGUCGCAUUCGACGAUCCGAGGUGUUCUGGCCGAGCAGAACUUUUCGUAUACGCUCUCGAGACCUAUCCUACAACAGGUCACGAGUCGAUCUUGGAGAUUUUCGAUCUCGAACCUGUGGGCGAGGAAGGCUACGGAUAGUACUGUGGCUGCUGGAGGGCAUCCGUUUAUUGUUUGGAAAACGAACGGUGCGGAGCCUGAGCCGAUUGUCAGAAAGACGGGGUGCGAGGAACUGGAUCAGGAGCUUUAUGAGCAGUUCGUGGAGCCGAUUGUUGCGAGGCAGAGACAGGAACGGCUGCAAGCGGAUUUUGCGGCCGCAUCGGAGAUCAAUGAGAAGCAGGCGGAAGAAGCUGCGGCUCUCUUUGAUUGCGAAUGCUGCUUCGGCUCUGUACCGUUCGAAAGCAUUGCCACUUGCGAUGAUGGUUGCCAUUACCUGUGCAUGGACUGCAUCCGGCGCACAGUCCAUGAAGCUCUGUAUGGUCAAGGCUGGGCGCGAACAGCAGACCUGAAACGGAGUACAGUAAGAUGCUUUGCUCCCACUUCCAGCGACUGCAACGGCUGCAUCCCAUCUCAACUCGUCCAACGAUCUCUCAACCAAGGCACGAACAAUCAAGAUGCUUGGCAAGAGUUUCAGGCACGAACAACGUCAGAGACACUCCUGAAAUCCGGCCUGCCUCUCCAAAGAUGUCCCUUCUGCAACUACGCCGAAACAAACGAACUGCCCUCUCCAAAACUCAAGCACCCUCUCGCAAUCUGGCAUCACAUCACCACCAAGGCCCCGCCCGCUUUCCAAAUCCUCUUCCUCUCCCUCCUCAUGGCCCUUUCCCUCUUCUUCGUCCCGCUCCUCUGCCUAGCCGCAAUCUCCUGGCUCCUCUGCGAGACCCUCCCCGCCGCCCACAACCCCCUCAAAGCCUCCAUCACCCGCGUCCAAGCCUCCCGCCGCACCCUCCGCUUCCAAUGCCAAAACCCCACCUGCCGCCGCGUCACCUGCACGCGCUGCACGGCGCCCCACCGCAACGGCCACAUCUGCUUCGAAGACGAAAAGACGUCCCUGCGCACCGCCAUCGAGACGAGCGCCACGCUGGCCAUCAAACGCACCUGUCCGCGCUGCCUGCUCUCCUUCAUCAAGAGCAGCGGCUGCAACAAACUCGUCUGCAACUGCGGGUAUACCAUGUGCUACGUCUGCCGCGCGGAGAUUGGCAAGGAAGGGUACGUGCAUUUCUGUCAGCAUUUCCGGCCGCACGGGGGCGUCUGUGGGGAAUGCGAGCGGUGUGAUUUGUAUGGGGAUGAGGACGAGGAGAGUGUCUUGCGGAGGGCGGUGGAGGGGGCGGAGCGGGAGUGGCGGGAACGAAAUGAUGGGGAGGAUGGGCAGGAGGGAAGUCGAAGGAUGAUCGAGGUGAUUGUGGGGGAUAGGAAGAAGGGUUGGUGGGAGGGAUGGGUCGAUGGGGUUGUGGAGGCCGUGUUAGCGUGA